CUACCGCCAGCAUUCCUCAUUCGACGCGAGGGCGAAGCGCACGCCCGUCUUUUCAACUACCGCGACUGACGCGCCGCGCGCCAGCGGUAUAACCACCCGCCAUGUUUGACGUUUUUGGCUCUGUUAAGAGCCUUCUCAAGCUCGACUCUGUGUGCAUCGACAACAAUGUGUUUCGACUUCACUACAAAGCCACCGUGAUUAUCCUAGUCACGUUUUCUUUGCUUGUAACAUCAAGACAAUACAUUGGAGAUCCUAUUGACUGCAUUGUGGAUGAAAUACCGCUCGCUGUUAUGGACACUUAUUGCUGGAUUUACUCGACCUUCACUAUUCCCAACAGGCUCGUGGGACGUGUUGGAAAGGACGUAGUGCAACCAGGUGUCGCAUCCCACGUGGAUGGCCAGGAUGAGGUGAAAUAUCAUAAGUAUUACCAGUGGGUAUGCUUUGUGCUGUUCUUUCAAGCUAUUCUGUUCUACGUGCCCCGCUAUCUAUGGAAAACUUGGGAAGGAGGACGCAUCAAGAUGUUAGUACUUGAUUUAAACUGCCCAGUUGUUGGAGAAGAAUGUAAAAAAGACCGCAAAAAACUAUUGGUAGACUACUUUCAUACAAAUCUACAUACGCAAAACUUCUACGCGUUCCGUUUCUUUAUCUGUGAGGUUUUAAACUUUAUCAAUGUUGUUGGUCAAAUAUACUUUAUGGACUUUUUCUUGGAUGGCGAAUUUUCGACGUAUGGCCGUGACGUAGUUUCCUUUACUGAAAUGGAACCUGAAGAAAGAGAAGAUCCAAUGGCUCGAGUAUUUCCAAAAGUAACAAAAUGUACAUUCCACAAAUAUGGUCCCUCGGGAACCGUGCAAAAAUUUGAUGGUCUGUGCGUAUUGCCUUUGAAUAUUGUCAAUGAAAAAAUAUAUGUGUUCCUCUGGUUCUGGUUUAUUAUCUUAUCUGUUUUAAGUGGAAUAUCUCUGUUAUACCGUGCAGCUGUCGUGGCAGGGCCUCGUGUCCGCCUUUACCUAUUACGUGCCCGUAGCCGUCUCGCACCUCAAGAUCAAGUUGAAACGGUUGCACGUAAGUUACAAAUCGGUGAUUGGUUUGUACUUUACCAACUCGGAAAGAACAUCGACCCGCUUAUAUAUAAAGAGCUAAUGAGCGAUCUAGCAUUGAAAUUCGAUGGAAAGGACAAGGACACUGUUUAGACGGGAUAGACAAUGGGUGGUAGUGACGUGUUAGUGUGCUAGGCCAGGUCGCGGGCGCAGUGCGGCAACUAUGCUACCUGCUUGCAUCGCGCCCGCACUAGCCGGGAGCGGCCGCGCGUCGGCAUUCCAAUACUAAGGCUCGACACGGGGAACGACCUCUGCCGAGCCAUAUUACAUUAUAUUCCAGAGCCGCUUUAACUCUUUAUGCUACUGAAACUAUGUUAGAUUAUACUCCCGGCCGACUAGACUGAUGCGUGCGUGCACGCGUGCAUUUAGAGUAACAUUUUAGGGCAUGUUUAUAAUAGUCGUAGCAUAGGUAGAUCUCGUGCCUUCGUUUUAUAUUUUUAUUAUACGUGUGUUACUUGCGAAAACGUUGAAGGGACGUUUAUUGUGAUAUGUAAUUAUUAUAUCUAAAUUAAGUGUUUAUCGUGACAAUGGAUGAGUGAAAACGGCUGGCUUAUGUCUAAGUUGUAGUUAUCUAAUUAAAUAUCUUUGUUAUCGAAUGUUAUUCUCGAUAUUGUAUAAAGCAAUAAUGAACUUUAGUGAAAUCCAUUUGCUAAUAUUGGUUAGCGACACUACUUUUUGGUAAUUGACACUUGUCUAUACUUAUACUUUUUAUACUGAUGAAAUCGAGUCGACGAUUGAUAUUUUCUGAAUAUAUUUACUGCCACAUUAUA